AUUAUUACCGGGAAAUGCCCGCGUUUCUGGUGUAUGUAAUGGGCAGAAUCCGUGUUUUCGCGAAUUCAUCCCUCAUUCCUCCAAAUCCAGUUCUCUGAUUCAGUGGAGAUCGACAAAGCGGAGCUAUUCACUUCAAGGUUUCAGCCUGCAGGACAUGUUCUAAGCGUUGAAAGCAAGAUAAAAAUAUGACUGCAAGAUAUUGUAUUGGUGUUUUUUCCUUACAUUUACCACUCUAUACUGCACUCAUUAGUGUCCUUUUACAGGCUGUUGAAAUGAAUGCUAUUGCAGUUCCAACUUCCAAUUGCUAUGUUUUUGACAAUUCUAGUCACAUUAUUGACUUUAGUAGCUGGGUUGGACAACCAUUUGAGUACGAUGGGAAGGAUUCUGACUUGGUGGUUCGGUUUUGCAAAGACGUGGAAAGUAGAUCACAAAUGGGAUAUGUAGAUUUUGGUCGAUUUGACAAAUUCAAUUCCUUUGUCUCUGGUUCAGGGCAUGCCAACUUUGUUCAAGAUUAUUACUAUGGUGACCUGACUUCUUGUGAGCAGAGUUAUGACAAAUUGGGGAGGACUGCGCUGGUAAAUGUUAUAUGUGGAAGUUGUUUAAAUGGACAAUGUAAAGGUGGUCUGGGAUGCAUCUGCAAUAUCACUUAUGAGUCCAGUUGCAGAGUUAUUGUUGAUCUUGCCAUUCCUUGUGCGAACCAAGGACCACGUGUUUUUAAAGGAUUUACUGUUGGUUUUCACCCCCGAUCCUGGGAAGUUGUUUACAAUGGUUUGACUCAAUUAGGCUUUGAGAAACCAAACCAUGCAUUCAGUUUCAGCACAGAGCAGACUAGUGUGGCUCUUUAUAUGACUGCCAUUGCAUCACUUUCCUCUUUGUUACAGAAACCAAUCAUUCAGGUUAAUCCAGAAAAUGGACUAGAGGUGAAAGUAUCAGGCUCAGGGGCAACUGGGAGCUACCCUACAACUUUAUCACCCUCAAUGUUGAUGAUUGACUGGAGAUGUUAUGUUGCUAGAGACAUUCCAUAUGAAGUUAAUGUUACAAUCCCCGUGGCUGAUUAUGAACCAGUUAGUUUUUUUCUUACCAAAAUGUGUGAAAAAAGGCAGGACGUACAAGGGGAUUCUACGAAAGGAUGGGCCACAUUCGGAAUACUCUCUUGCAUAUUCAUAGUCGUAGCAUCACUAUUUUGCUGUGGAGGAUUUGUUUACAAGGCCCGAGUGCAAGGCCAGCGUGGAAUUGAUGCAUUGCCGGGCAUGGCACUAUUAUCUGCUUGCUUGGAAACUGUGACUGGUGCAGGACCGAGCUACCCGAGAGCUGAAGGCAUCAAUAGCGGGUUGGUCAGCGAAGCCUCGUGGGAUCGCCCACCAUCCUCUUCCUCUUCUCGACAGACUUGGACACCAACUGAAAAAAAUUAUGGUUCAAUAUGAUUACCUCCUUGUAUCAGUUGUUUACCUCGUGGAGAGUUUAUUAAAGGACUUUAGCUGUUUGCCAUUGGAUCAAGUAAAGUAACAUAGGCAAUAGGGUUUUAGGUAAAGCUUAGGGACAAUUCUAUUCGAUUUUACGUAAGCUAACAGGUUGAAUUAUUCAGAGGAAGUAUUGUUUUUUUAGAAAUGUUAUAGACAUGUUAACAAAAUGUUGAAAUUGUCUAAUAUGUAUUAGAAAUAUUGACAUUGAAAGCACUUCUAAUGAUGAGAUGAAAUUUGACUUUUUUA